AUGGAUCACACACUCAGAUUGGACGAGAGAAAUAACGAUGACAAGACGCCUCUGGAAGUGGCGAAAGAGAUGAGCAACCUCACCGCGGUUUCACUUCUGGUUGAAUCUGGUCGCGCUGAUGUCGGUGAUAUGACGAUAGACGAUGAGCCAGAUGAUGAGCCAGAUGAAGACAAACUAAAGUACUGCACGUGUAACGGUAUUAGCUACGGGACAAUGGUGGCCUGUGAUGGGGCAGAGUGUCAAAGGGAGUGGUUUCACUUGGAAUGUGUGGGUUUAAAACACGAGCCUAAGGGCUCCGCGAAAUGGUAG